GAACAAAGACGAAAAGUGUCUUUCAGUCUUUAGUCUUUUCAUGGAUUUGUACCCGUUCAAAAUUAAGUGUAGGCUCUGAUAUACUCAGUUCAUAGAGACAUUGUUGAUAAACUUAAAGUAAAAUCUAUGUCGUUAGUUUAUUAACACCGCGUUUUGAAGUAGGUAAGUUGCUAGUUUGUUGCAUUAUUUUUAUAGUAUUGUCGAUUGAACUCGAUUGUCAAUGUUAUUUAUAAGAUUAUAUGUAUAAUACGUAUUUUGAUAGUAUGAGACAUCCGUGCUAUCGUGUCGUAUUUUAUUAAUAACUACGCAGCUACCACGAAUGUUUAAAAUUGUUUUGAUCAAAUGGAAAAUAUUAUUUUCUAAAACUGUUUUUGUAUGUCGUCAUUACUAAAGUCAAUAAUACCAAUAGCGAUAAUUGCUACUAAUGUGUACUUACUACAAAUAAUCAUUAUAAUUAUUAUUUAUUUCUCGUUAUCUCUUGUACUUGGGAGACGCUUUGACCCUUCUAUCAGUACAUCACUGUCGCUUUCGUAAGUCGGACAAUAAAAUGGUUAUUACAUUUUAGUUGUUGCACAUUGCUAAUAAUUAAAAAUGUAUAGAUUUAUUAAACGUGGUUUAGUUCCUAGAAAUGCUUUCGAUAGUCUUCAAAAAGACUUUCAAAGCGGAAAAUUGUGGAAGAAUGGUGUGCGUUGUAUCACUCAGAGUAGCAAAUCUGAUAGUUUGUUCCCUGAACGUGUAGAUUUCCCAAGCAGACAUAUCGGACCUCGAGAUCAAGAUGUAGUGACCAUGUUAGAUUUGCUCGGUUACAAGAGCUUAGAUCAAUUAACGGAUGAUGCGGUGCCUAAGAAAAUUCAACUACAGGGUCUCAUGAAUAUAAGCGAACCUAUGAGUGAACAUGAUCUCAUUAAAACCGUACGUAAAAUUUCCGAAAAGAAUCAAAUAUGGAGAUCUUAUAUUGGCAUGGGGUACCACAACUGCUGUGUCCCGCACAGCAUAAUGCGCAACUUAUUCGAAAACCCAGGAUGGACGACACAAUAUACGCCAUAUCAACCAGAAAUUGCCCAAGGCAGACUGGAAAGUCUACUUAAUUAUCAGACUAUGGUUAGUGACCUUACUGGUUUGGAUGUAGCUAACGCAUCAUUGCUGGAUGAAGGUACAGCUGCUGCAGAGGCGCUAUCACUGUGCCAUAGACUCAACAAACGAAUGAAAUUUGUAGUGUCAGAAAGAUUGCACCCUCAAACUUUAGCUGUUGUUCUAACACGUCUGGAUGCUUUGGGAUUGGAAGUAAAUGUGGUACCUGAUGUUCGACAAGUGGACUUUGCCCAAAGGGAUAUAUCCGCAGUAUUGUUGCAAUGUCCCGAUACCAGAGGGUUGGUGUAUGAUUACUCUGGACUAGCAUCUGCUGCACAUGAACACGGUACGCUGGUAGUAGUUGCCACAGACUUACUAGCACUCGCUCUUUUGCGUCCACCUGCAGAAUGUGGGGCAGCACUUGCUGUCGGUACUUCCCAACGUUUGGGCGUACCUCUGGGCUAUGGAGGACCACAUGCUGGAUUCUUCGCAGCUGAACAUCAGUUGGUUCGUUUGAUGCCUGGUCGUAUGGUUGGUGUUACAAGAGAUGCGACUGGAAGAGACGCUUAUAGGUUAGCACUUCAGACCAGAGAACAACACAUACGAAGAGACAAAGCUACUUCAAAUAUUUGUACAGCACAAGCGCUCUUGGCUAACAUGUCCGCCAUGUAUGCCGUAUACCAUGGCCCUCAAGGGUUGCGGGACAUUGCCACUAGAGUGCACAAUGCUACACUCGUAUUAGAUCAUGGAAUCAGGCAACGCGGUCACAAACAGUCAAACGACGUAUAUUUCGACACUCUUCAUGUUGUACCUCUUUCGGACCACGACGCUGCUUCAAUCAAAGCUCGGGCUCAGGAAAAGAAGAUCAACUUAAGGUACUUCGACGAUGGUGCAGUGGGAGUAGCUCUCGACGAGACCACAACCAUGGAGGAUGUUAAUGACUUAUUAUGGAUCUUCGAUUGUAAACCCGUUGAAGAUGUUACAAAAAGUGAUGAUGUAAGGACUCGCAGCAUACAGCAAGGUCCCUUCAGAAGAACAUCUCCAUAUCUCACUCAUCCCGUAUUCAACAUGCAUCACUCCGAAACCAGAAUAGUGCGAUACAUGAAACGCCUGGAGAACAAAGAUGUGUCACUUGUACAUUCAAUGAUACCUCUGGGAUCUUGUACUAUGAAAUUGAACUCUACGACAGAAAUGAUGCCCUGUUCCUUCAAACACUUUACUGAUAUCCAUCCAUUUGCUCCACUCGAUCAGUGUCAGGGAUACCAUCAGUUGUUUGAAGAACUAGCCAAUGAUUUAUGCGCGAUUACAGGUUACGACCGUGUCUCUUUCCAACCUAACAGUGGUGCCCAAGGUGAAUACGCUGGAUUACGGACAAUAAAAAGAUACCAUGAGUUCCGUGGUGACACAAAGCGUAAUAUUUGCCUGAUCCCGGUUAGUGCACACGGUACUAACCCUGCAUCUGCACAUAUGGCUGGUAUGCGCGUCUGUGCUAUUCGCGUUACGCCUUCUGGUGAUAUAGACAUGGCACAUCUUAAAGAUAUGGUUGAGGAACAUAGCAAAAAUAUAUCCUGUUUGAUGUUGACGUACCCGAGUACCUUCGGUGUGUUCGAGGAGCAGGCCGCAGAUGUGUGUGAGUUAGUGCACAAACAUGGUGGACAAGUGUAUUUAGAUGGUGCUAACAUGAAUGCACAGGUGGGGCUUUGCCGACCUGGAGAUUACGGCAGCGAUGUAUCACAUUUGAAUUUACACAAAACCUUCUGCAUUCCUCAUGGAGGUGGCGGACCUGGAAUGGGGCCUAUUGGAGUGAAAGCUCACCUGGCUCCUUUCUUACCUUCACAUCCAGUCGUCGACCCAUUAGCCGAUUUGGGUGACGCAGCUCAUAGUUUCGGUUCAGUCAGCGCUGCGCCAUUUGGAUCAUCAGCUAUAUUGCCUAUUUCUUGGGCGUACAUCAAAAUGAUGGGUCCCAAAGGAUUGAGGCGAGCGACUCAAGUGGCAAUUCUCAAUGCUAACUACAUGGCUAAGAGACUGGAGGGUCAUUACAAGACUUUGUACAGAGGUGAAAGAGGGCUAGUUGCUCACGAAUUCAUUAUAGAUGUAAGAGAUUUAAAGAAGACUGCUAAUAUAGAGCCUGGAGAUAUUGCCAAACGACUUAUGGACUUUGGUUUUCAUGCCCCCACAAUGUCAUGGCCAGUGGCCGGCACAUUAAUGAUAGAACCCACGGAAUCAGAAGAUCUUCAAGAGAUGGAUCGCUUCUGUGAAGCUCUGAUCGCGAUCAGGAAGGAAAUCAAGGAUAUUGAAGAUGGAACUAUGGAUAAAAGACUUAAUCCUCUGAAGAUGGCGCCACAUACCCAAGUUGAAGUUAUCACAGAAGAUUGGAACCGACCUUACAGUCGGGAACAAGCUGCCUUCCCUGCGCCUUUUGUAAAAGGAGAGACGAAAAUCUGGCCAACGGUCGGUCGCAUUGAUGACAUGUACGGAGAUAAACAUCUCGUUUGCACCUGCCCACCGGUCCUUGAUGAUUUCUAAGUUAAAAGACUUAAGACCAUGGGAUGACGUAACAAACGUCUCAUAUACUUUGUAUUAUUAUUGUAUAAUAUAGGAAUGUAACAGUGAAUAACAAACAAAUUGACCAUCUGUCGCAUUAUGUAUAUUUUCUCAAUACUGUCGUAGAAUAAAAUAUUGUCUCUAACAACAUAAUCUUCUUCUUUUUGCACAUUAUUCUAUAGCAGUACAAAUAAGUAAUUGCCGUAAAUAAUAUUGACUUCAAACAGUAAUCUAUCUACCUUAUUAUUGUACAUAUAUUUUAAUAUUGCGAAUGAUUAUUAUUAUUACGCAUAACAUUUAAGUUGGAUUCAAGGCAACGUGUUUGUUUUGUUACUAGCUCAAAUUACUAUCUGAAAUACCAAAGGUUUCACAUUUCAUAACAAUUUUAAUUUGUAAACUUCCUCGUGCCUUUCAAUAUAUUUAGUGAAACAUUUCGCAUUUCAAAUGUACGUAUAAUAUUUCUAAACUGUAAUAUUAAUAGAGAAAACAUUUUCAGCCCUCAAGCUAUAAUAACACGAAACAAAUAUAUAUAAGUAAUUAUGAAAACUAGCAGCGGGUAAGAUUCAUAUUCAAAAAUGUUGUAAUAACAUAAUAUGAUGUAAAACAAAAAAAACUAGUUUAAAAUAAUACAGUUCUAAAAAUCUGUGUUCAGUUAAUCUAGGUAUAUUAUCAUUAAAGCAGAAAAUAUCAAUAAAAAUAUUUUCACGUAAGGAUAUAUUAAAAUUGAUCUUGGAUAAUUCAAGACAAAACAACCUUAGAAAUAGUGUCUUUAUUACACAUCUUGAUUUACUCUUACUUUUGUGGGGAAUUGAUCACAUCUUUAGGGUACAUGCCCAGUCUCACUCCUAACUCUUUGGGCAUGCGAAGUACAGGGCGUGUAGGAAAAGGGUGGUACGAGCCUGUUGACGGACUCCGUGGGUAAGACAACGAGGACAAUGUAUCUGUUUCAAUGAGCGACGUGAUAGCACUACAAGUAUCGUCUGACUCUACUUUUGUCCUAUCACUCUUUUCUGUAUAGUCUUUAGGAAUAGUGGGAGUUUCUCUAUUCGGAAAUAUCUUAGGUGAUAUCGGAGUGGAUACUUGAUCUAGCGAAGUGAUUUGACAUAAAGUAUCACUAGAGUUGCUCUUGGCUCCAGUCGGCGAGUCGUCCUCUGCUGAUGGUUCAUACGUGAAACUAAUAGAAGAGGUCACAACAUGAGCAAAGUCACUAACUUGGCUGUUAUCAGUCUUAGAUACAUUUUCGCAAACUUUCGGUCCUUGGUUGACCGUUUUGCUGCAAAUAUCACUAGCUUUAGACAACACAAAGUCAUUAUAUUUGCUGGAAAAUGGAUAGUUGUAGUCAUCGGAAGUAAAGCGCUUCUCGUAUGUUGACGUAUCUUUUGGUUCCGAAGACGGUAAAGUAACUGACGCCCUGGACUCACCCGAAAAAGAAUGUCGAGUCCAUUCAGAUGUAGUUGCAGGUUUGAGGUCUUUAUUUGACAAGUCACCAUAACUUGACAAAUCACUGGUUUUACUUUGAUAAUCGAAAUCAACAUUUUCAGUUUUGUCUAAAAAACUUUUGUGAUCACAUUUUGCUAAAAACCCUUUAUUUUCCCAUCCAUAUAAAUCGGUCUUAUUACCUAAACAUUCACUACUUGGACUUUUUGUAUGUUUUAUUGAAAAUUCUUCUUCUCUCGCGGUGGAAUUUCGAAUUUCUAAAGAAAACGGGUCAUCAAUCGAAAUAGGUCGAAUUCGGACAAAAUCGUUAUUUUCAGUUGAUCCUACGUUGAUAUUUCUUUUUCUAUAGCCUAUUAGUGAAUCAGAGGUAGAUUCUUUUAGUAAAGGUGAUUCAAUGAGCUGACUCUCAACAGUUUUUUCUGGAACUGUUUUUGAAUAACUAUUUCGUUGUUUCUCGAGAACAUUUUCAUCACUUUUUGUGACUUGAUAAUUUGUAGGACUUUUUACUUCUGUGAUGUUCUGUUUUGUCAAGAUUCGACUUAAAAUUUUUGAGUUUUCUUGGAUUAUUUGUAAGGCUCGUUCGCUAUUUUUCCGCCCUGUCUGUAAAAUGUAAUCUUUUGGAGAAAAAAUAUCUCUCUCUUCUUUGCUUGUUUCAGGAGUUUCUCGUUUUUGGGCAGCAAUAAAGUCUGGUUCUUUAUACUCUUCACUAGUUUUCUUUGCAAAACUAUGGCUUUGUGGUAGCGAUGAUGCUCUUUCUGCUUCUUCUUUGAUAAUUUUAUCAUUAUGGUUACUUUGUAAUGUCAAUGAGUCUGGUUUCUUUGGUAGACGUGAUAACCUUUUAGUGGAUCGCCGAUUCGGAAUGUCUGCACUGUUAGGAUCUGUAACACGAGCACCAAAAAAUUCUGGACUAUGUUCGAAGUAUUUAUCAAUUUUUAAAGGUAUUGGCGGUUCAUCUUCACUUACUAUUAUACUUUCACCGCCGGGACUUCCAGGGGGACUUUCAAAGUCAGACACAUUCUUAUCAGAUAAAUCUAUAUCAGGCACAAAAUUUGGAUACAUCGUGAAACUAUCAAUGAUAUCGGGUGGUCUGGAUAUAGGCUCGUUUAACGGAGGUCGUUUAAAGUUUUUUUCAAAAUCAUAUUCGUAAGGAGAUUUACGGCCCACACCACAAUUACAUGGUGAUAAAUCAAUAGGACUGAGUUCAGUAAAGACAUUCGGUGACUUUGUAAAACUUGUAGGCCUUGUUAUUUCUCUACUUGCGGAGUUUUCUUCGUAUUUUGUUCUAUUAAGUCUUUGUAAUACUUCAUUUCUUUCAGUGGUCAUACGUGGGGAACAAGGAGAUAUAUUGGUUGGAUUGAAAACUGUGACAUCGUUUGUAAUUUUCAAACUGUCCUUUAACUUGCUUUCGAAUCCAUCAAUGUAAGUCCGAAGCGGUUCACCUGCUGCGGAAUCUAGAUAUUCCGAUAUAUUCUUGAUGGGUUUAUCAUCCAACAUCAUUGUAGUUUCUGUAUCAGGGUCAGGGGUACGUAAUAAAACAGGUUCUUUUUUAGUGAGGUGAUGAUUAUUUUUGCUUGGUUUCGAAGCUGAUG